AUGCAUCUUAUUUCAAGUUUGUUAUGCUUUGCUUUGGGGGCUAUACUUAUCAAUUCUGCGCCAUUUGAUCAAAAACUCAAGACUGGCUCACAAGAGGUGAAAGACCUCUCAGAAAUAUCAGCUGUUCGACAAAACAGUCCGAUUCUUUCACUGACUACCUUCCGUGAUGUCAUCAAAGGUCACAGCCAUGGCUUCUGUUUCAGGCGUUUAGCUCUUUCAUUAGGUUAGUUUCAUAAGAAUACUUUGUAUAAAAACUUUUACUUAAUCGCCUCAGUAUCUAGCCUCCCACGCAGGCGCAGGCGUUUUUAGGGGAGCUCGUUUUUCAUCCUUCCUUGGGGAAGGAUGAAAAACGAGCUCCCCAAAAAACGCCUGCGUGGGAGGCUACUCAGUAUCAUGUAUCAUGUAUCAUUCUUUUUGGAGGCGGAGCUGGGGCUUUCUGGAAGAAAAAACAGCCUGUACACGUGCAGUUAAUGGUAUUCUGGUCCACUAGGGACCAAGCAGUUUAGAUCGUGCUACUAGAGAACACUCGUAACGAACGUAACUCCUGUCUAAUGUAAAUAAGUGUGGCAGCACAGAUUCUGUUUUAUGUUUGCAAAUCAGUAUACCGUCCCCCUCUUUGUGUUCAAUGUUAUUCACAGAAACUGUUUCUUUACGUUAGCUCCAGACACGCCAAGUGGCUUCAAGGGAUGGAUCAGGAAGUACCAUUCGGGAUUCUUAGCAGUACACCAAAAGUUGUAUCACUUCUUCAGAUGUAGUCCAAACCAAACUUUAAGGAAACUCAAAAGAGCCAAGCGCUCACCCCAACGCCGACCACCCCUACCCCGGCCAUGUAUCAAUGACACGCUUCCUAAUAACGCUGAAGACGACGUACAGGAACGAAAUCCUCUUUGCAUACAAGAGGAAGAAGACGUGGAAUUUGGCAGCACCACCGAUGGAAGUGGAGACUAG